AUGAGAAGUAUAUUGGAAGAGGCGAUUGUGGAAACGCGCAGUACGCCUCUCGAAAAUCGACCGCGACUUCCCCGCAUAGCCCUAAGCAAGCGGAAUCGGGCUGUCGUGAGGGCUCUGAACCCAAUGCUGGUUACCUAUUUGGAAGCCAGCCGGGACCUUUGCGAGACGGACUCAAUUCUUUUUGGCGCCGCGCUGGCAGUCUGCCGUAUCAUAGGCGCCAAGGUUUCCACGGCUGGACGCGCUACUGGCCAUAGUAGCGCUAUCCCAGCAUGGAGAAGAAGAAUUGAGGAACGUAUCGCAAAGGCUAGAGCUCUCAUCGGCAGACUGAUAUGCUUCAGAUCAGGCAACAACAGGCCAAGAAUUGUGCGCACCGUCAGGAUGGCGUUUGCUGGGACAAAUGUCAGUUUGUCCCAGCCGGAUAUAACGCAAAAACUGACGGAGCGCAUAGAUGAUCUGAAGCAGAGAAUCGCUGCUUGGGGAAAGCGGAUUCGGCGAUAUACCGAGAGGUCGACACGGUUCAACCAGAAUCGUCUCUUCCAGAGUGAUCAGAAGAGGCUCUAUGAAUCAUUGGAGCGACCAAUGGUAAGUGGAACGGGUCCAGCACCGAAUCAGGCCGACACUGUAGCAUUCUGGCGCGGCCUGUGGUCAGAGCCCGUAAACCACAGCGAGGGCCCUUGGACGGAAGUUGUGGCGAGUCAGUGUGCGGGUAUUACGCCCAUGGACCCCGUCAUCAUAACGCCGGAUGACGUAGCUGAGGCGGUUCGUAGGGCCCCGAACUGGAAAAGUCCGGGGCUUGACGGGCUGCAUCACUACUGGCUGAAGGGAUUCAUGGUGUGUCACUCUGUGCUCGCCCGACAGUUUCAAGAGGCUCUCAACCAGAAGUCGCUCCCAAGCCUCUUCACUACUGGGAUCACUCAUUUAGUUCCUAAAGACCAGGAAGGCUUGGUGUCGGCUGGGUCUUCUCGGACUCAGCAAGCGGCACCCGCCGCUGGUGGAGCACGUCGCAUGCGUUGGUCACAAGAAAUGAAUGCAAGCGCACUGCGGGCGUACUUUAGGGCAAAAGGGGAAGAAACUGGAUGUUUGGCGUAUCGGGCUAGGAUGCAUCGUCUUUUUACUGAGCUGGAGCCAUCUUUAACCGUCACAGAGCAAAACCUGGCAGACCGAGUUCGGUAUAUUUUGCGCUCAAAUAUAUUUGAUGUCGCCGAACUCGAACGGCUACGACGUGAGGCUGUUCCCUCGUCGGAUGAGAAUGCUACGGCUGAGGAUGCGGCACCACAAAUGGUAGAACAACCCGCAAACGUGGAUGCCGCCGUGAAUACCCCAGUUGUGGUUGAUUCAAGCUAUGAUGGAACAGUCGCCCAGGAACUGGAAUUAGAGCAUAUGAGGAGUACAUUGGAAGAGGCGAUUAUGGAAACGCGCAGUAGGCCUCUCGAAAAUCGACCGCGACUUCCCAGCAUAGCCCUAAGCAAGCGGAAUCGGGCUGUCGUGAGGGCUCUGAACCCAAUGCUGGUGACCUAUUUGGAAGCUAGCCGGGACCUUUGCGAGACGGACUCAAUUCUUUUUGGCGCCGCGCUGGCAGUCUGCCGUAUUAUAGGCGCCAAGGUUUCCACGGCUGGACGCACUACUGGCCAAAGUAGCGCUAUCCCAGCCUGGAGAAGAAGAAUUGAGGAACGUAUCGCAAAGGCUAGAGCUCUCAUUGGCAGACUGAUAUGCUUCAGGUCAGGCAACAACAGGCCAAGAAUUGUGCGCACCGUCAGGAUGGCGUUUGCUGGGACAAAUGUCAGUUUGUCCCAGCCGGAUAUAACGCAAAAACUGACGGAGCGCAUAGACGACCUGAAGCAGAGAAUCGCUGCUUGGGGAAAGCGGAUUCGGCGAUAUACCGAGAGGUCGACACGGUUCAACCAGAAUCGUCUCUUCCAGAGUGAUCAGAAGAGGCUCUAUAAAUCAUUGGAGCGACCAAUGGUAAGUGGAACGGGCCCAGCACCGAAUCAGGCCGACACUGUCGCAUUCUGGCGCGGCCUGUGGUCAGAGCCCGUAAACCACAGCGAGGGCCUUGGACGGAAGUAG